AUGUUCAUGUGGACGGUGGGCUACACGGUGGGCGACAUCAUGUAUGUGGCUCAGACCACUGCCGACCAGGGCAGCGCCAGUUGGUUUAGCAAGCUACCAGAUCUACUCAGCUACCUCUCCUACACGAAUCCGGACUGGGCAGCAGGUGUGCUGUUUGAGCGAGAGCUGGACUUCCCCGCGGCUCUGCCCCAGACAGGGAGGUUCAAAGAUCACAAGUGCGCGCUCUUCAACGGCAACACGAGCGAGAUCAUCACGGCUGUGCUCGAGGACCACACCUUCAUGGAGAUUCGGGUCACUGCCGCCCAACACUUUGGCCGCCCGUUUGCUGUCAUCCUGUACUCGCCUACAGCCCAUAUCGAAUCAGAGGUGAGCCGGUGGCGCUCCACCAGCUUUGUCCCGACGGCUCUUUGA